CUAGUCUAAUUUCCAGUACAUAUCAAUCGCGUUGAUGAUUGCAGGCUCCAUAUGGCAUCACAGCUUCAGCUAUGAUUCAGAAUUCAGGUAUUCAUCAAACGCACUAAACAUUCAAUCAGAGGCGAGAAGGGAUGAAAAGAAGGUCGACUUUGUGCAUUUUUUGAUCGACGAGAUCUUCUGCGAUCGCAGAAGCCAUCAGCAACCUUGUAUCCUCAAGGAACGUAGCUUCAUCGAAAUAUCCAUAAACAGCAUCACCUUUCAUCUCUGCAAUUCAAUUAAGGCAUUAGCCGUAGAUCUGCUCGACGUGUUUCCUCCUCCUUUAAUUAGGAGUUUAGGACUCUGGCGAGGAUGUGGAGGAUCCUCACGAGCGCAUUGCAACGGAGGCACUCUUAAGCUUCAAGAUGUUGCACUCUGAGUUUUCUCGUAGUAGACGUAGUAGACAUAGGGCUCAAAAAGUCAAAAUUAUCAAGUCGGAUUGAUAACUCACAGGGAUUCUACUUUUGGGAGAUCUGUUGUUAUGCAUAUAAGGAAAAGUUGCAUUCCACAUUGAGCUUGCAACAAUUCUUUGUCCUGCAACCUAUAUGUCAUUUAAAUUUUGCCUGCCAAAUCGUUGUAAAGAAUCUUCAAACAUCAGCAAGACAUUAUCAUAUGGGGAUCUAAGCCUAGCAAAUUCAUACAAGUCAUAGUGGAUACAUAACAGUGUUGUUUUGGGAACAAAGCUCCUUCAAGGAUCUUUAGGGAUGAUAGUGUGCUUUGGAUGGCGACAGUUUCUUUUGUUUGUGACACUUGUUUUCUUUCUAACACAUUUUCUCUCAGUUAUGGAGUUGCAUCAAGACUCAAAUGUUAAAGAUCCACACCAAAAGAAACAAAAGAAAUUUAACCAUCUUGUUCUUGGACCCCCUGCUGGUGAAGGUCUGCCAAAUCGUUUGCAAUGCAAAGGUACCAAGGCUCUUAACAAGAUCCAAAUAUCAGCAUCCUCCAACAUUUCAAAUGGUGGUGGUGGUGUUUCUUUUGUUACAAUUUUCACGGUUUAUAACUCUAGUGUUGAUGAUGUCAAAUCAAGGGAUGCUGCAACCAUUGUGGGAAGAGUUUCAUACAACAAGGUGGAAAGGUCAAUGGCAGUCUUGAAUACAUUCAUAAAUUUUAUACAGCUGUCAAUGCCUGAAAGCAACAUGGUCAUCUUAACUGAUCCAGCAUCCAGGCUUCCACUAAAGAGAAACAGGGUGACUGUAUAUUCAGUUCAAGGUGAAUACUCACGCGACAAGUUGAUGCUUCAAAGAAUCAGGUCUUACAUUGCUUUUCUAGAGAAAAAGCUUGAAGACCAUUCACGGGAACCAACCCAAAAAAUUACUAAUUUUAUUUUCACGGAUUCAGACAUAGCAGUAGUUGAUGACGUGGCACAAAUAUUUAACAAAUAUGAAAACUUCCAUUUGGCACUCACUUUUCGUAACAACAAACAGCAGCCUUUAAAUUCAGGGUUCAUAGCAGUCAGGGGUACCCCUGAUGGAAUUUUAAGGGCAAAGGUUUUCUUGGAGGAAGUUUUGAAUGUUUAUGUUACAAAAUACAUGAAAGCUUCACGAAUGCUUGGAGAUCAACUUGCUCUUUAUUGGGUUGUAAAAUCUCAUACUUCAUUUGAUGAAAAAACAUUUAAUAAAGCAGAACCUUUUCUUGAGGAAAUUGGUGGGGCCUCUGUGCUCUUCUUGCCUUGUUUGGUUUACAACUGGACCCCACCCGAAGGUGCUGGUCAGUUUCAUGGCAUGCCCUUGAAUGUAAAGGUGGUUCAUUUCAAGGGAUCAAGGAAACGGCUUAUGCUCGAGUCUUGGGAUUUCUUCAAGUCUUCUUCUUCAUCUACUGAGGAUCAUGAUGUAUCAGUAUCAGUAUCAGACAUGUUGUGCCUUGUAUUAAGUAGUGGACGAACAAAGUAUGAUUUUUAAACAACAAAAACAACAAAAUUAAGGAUUUUUUUUAAUAGAGGAAUCUCAUCCUUUUGUUUUGGUGUUAUUUAAGUUUGAUUUGGUUGUUUAUAUGGAUUUUUGUGGUGUGGUUUUUUUUGAUUAAUUAAUUUAUUAUGUAUGAAUAUUUGAUUUAUUUUAGUUAAAUGAGUUAAAAGGUUGUGUUGUUUUGCUUAAA